AUGCAUGUCAACGCUUCCCUCGCGCGGGUCUACUGGGAUCAAAUGAAUCGGGACAGCUGGCCCAAGUCUUUGCAGGACUGGCACGAGAUUGUGGUUGGCAAGACUCAAAAGCGUGCAGAGGCACCUAAGUUGACGUUGGAAACCCUGGAGAAGGCGAUGAAGGACGUGACCGUCGUCGCUGACCAGAGGGGCUUUUACAACAAGCCUAUCCAUGAUCUAGACACACAUGAACGGGUCAAUCGAAAGACGACUAAGCUGGACGAAAAGCCCCUCACGCGAGAAGAGCGCGAAGCCGAAGGGAGCACUUAUGGCGACCAGCAACCGAACAAGAGGAUGCGAGACAUUCCCAGCUACCGGCACAAGCCAUUGACGGCAUUGCUGCAGAACCUGCACCAACUUCUGCCGCUGGAGCGCUGCAACGAAACAGGGCAGCGACCGGCCGGAUGCAGGGAGCGGCCGGCGAGAACGAAGCCGCGAAAGCAAUCCAGCAAAACCGAUGGAGGCAUGUUCAAGUUUGCCCAGCAUAGCAUGGUUCUCCAGCUGAACGACUUCAUCGAGGAGAAGUGCUUUGUACAGCCGACAGCUGCUGCAGAGGAGCAGGACUUUGGCUUUGUGCCGGCCGAGCUGCACAAUGUGGCCAGGGGCCUUGUUGCUUUCCUGAGGGUCAGAGCGUGCUCUUACGAUAACAUCUCGCAUGACAAGAAGACGGAGCAUUGGAGCCAUUGCUUGGAGUGGUGGGGUUUUUGGAUGUCGGACGAGGAAAUCCAAGCCGUGGCUGCACAAGCGACGUCCCUUGCAUUUACGCACAUGCGCUAUCUGAGUGCCUACGUGCGUUUGCAUAGAGCAACGUUUGCGCAGGAAAGUGUUGCCGCUGCCUCGCAGAUGUAG